AUCCUUUAGUCGUUAAGCGUUUUUUUACACAACUUUGAAAUCGUUGCAGCAACCACACAACCAUCAAUAUGUCCCAAGCGACGGCGCGCAUCCUAAGUAGCGGCGUCCGACUGCCGCCGUUGCCCACCAUUCGUGAUCUGGUCAAGCUGUAUAAGCUGCAAGCGAUGAAGCAGCUCAGCCAGAACUUUCUCAUGGACGAGCGGCUGACGGACAAGAUUGUCAAGUCGGCGGGUCGCAUAGAUCCGCGUGACAUUGUCCUCGAGGUGGGCCCCGGACCCGGUGGCAUAACACGUUCCAUUUUGCGGAGGCAGCCGCAGCGUUUGAUCCUGGUCGAGAAGGAUGCACGCUUCACGGAAACGUUGCAGCUGCUGCGCGAAUGCGCCAGUCCCUUGCAAAUGCAGGUGGACAUCUACCACGAGGACAUCCUGCGCUUCAAUAUCGAGAAACAUGUGCCGGACACCGCACAGCGUCUCCAUCUAAUUGGCAAUCUGCCGUUUUCCAUCUCCACACGCCUGCUAAUCAAUUGGUAUGAGGAUCUGGCGGCGAGACGUGGUGCCUUUCGACGCAACGACACCUGCAUGACACUCACCUUCCAGAAAGAAGUCGCCGAACGCAUUUGCGCCCAGCUGGGCAGCGAACAACGUUGUCGUCUCUCGGUCAUGUCCCAGAUCUGGACGCAGCCGUUGCUAAAGUUCAUCAUACCGGGCAAGGCGUUUGUGCCCAAGCCCCAAGUGGAUGUUGGCGUUGUCAAAGUGAUGCCCCUCAAGCAACCCAAGACACAGCUACCCUUUGCGCUCGUGGAGCGCGUUGUGCGUCACAUAUUUAGCAUGCGCCAAAAAUAUUGUCGCCGUGGCUUUGGCACCCUUCUUCCACCGGAUGGACGCGAGGAGAUUACACACAACCUGUUCCAGCUGGCCGAUGUGCAAGAUACGCUGCGUCCCUUUGAGCUCUCUGUGGCCGAGUGCCUGCGUCUCGCCGACGUCUAUGCUGAGCAUGUGGCUGCCCAUCCCGAGGUGGCCUGUUACGAUUACCGGGCGCCGAGGCAGGAGCGCAAUCAGGACUGAAUCAACGAUUUCAUCACAUUUCUUUUGUUUUUUUUCGUGUAUACUGUAUAAAAUAUGUAUUACAUAAGUUUUCAGUCAAAUUAGAGACUGUAACAGAGAAAAUAUUAAAAAUUGUACAAAAAUAA